AUGACAAACUCCAUGAAGACCCUGGAAGAUGAACUGCCAUCAUCUAUUAAAGAUGAAAUACACCAGUUAUAUCAGGAUAUACCCAAUUUGUCAAACGACUAUGAAUUGAUUGAUAAAAUCGGUGAAGGUACUUUCUCGUCUGUCUAUAAAGCAAGAGAUAAGAAGGAUAAACUAACGUCUAAAUAUUAUUCACAUUUUUGGUCUGACAAGAAGUAUGUUGCUUUGAAGAAAAUUUACGUAACAUCUUCUCCUCAAAGAAUCUAUAAUGAAUUGAAUUUACUUUAUGUUCUAAACGGUCAUAAUAAGGUGGCUGCGUUAUGUGACGUGAUGAGAUUUCGGGAUCAAGUAGUUGCUGUACUACCAUAUUAUCCACAUGAAGAGUUUAGAAAUUUUUAUAGAGAUUUACCAAUAAAAGGUAUCAAAAUGUACAUGUGGGAACUUUUACAAGCAUUGAAUUUCGUCCAUUCAAAAGGCAUUAUUCAUAGAGAUAUCAAGCCAACGAAUUUCCUUUUCAACCCUGACCUUGGCAAAGGUGUAUUAGUUGAUUUUGGUCUUGCUGAGACUCAAUUAGAUUACGAUUUAGACCUCCAAGGAAGAGUAAAUAAAGAUUACAGGAACCACGAACAAUUUUGCCCGUGUAUACUAAGAGAUGAGCAAAACUCUGUCAUUCAAACCAAUAAUUCUCGAAAUGGAUCCUUAGUAACCAUACAGAAUGGUAAAGUUGUCCAUUUGAAUAAUGUCAAUGGUGUAGAUUUAACGAAAGGUUAUCCAAAGAACGAGACCCGCAGAAUCAAAAGAGCUAACAGAGCUGGUACUCGUGGGUUCCGCGCCCCCGAAGUACUAAUGAAAUGUGGUUCACAAACUACGAAGAUUGAUAUUUGGUCAGUAGGUGUGAUCCUUUUGAGUUUUCUAUCGAGAAGAUUCCCCAUUUUUCAGAGUUUAGAUGAUACAGAUUCCCUAUUAGAAUUAUGUGCCAUUUUUGGUUGGAAGACAAUACGUAAAUGCGCUUCAUUACAUGGUCUUGGAUUUACGGUGAAUGGUUUAAAGAUCAAGGAGGAAAACUAUCCAAAUGGUUUAAAAGAUUUCGUGUAUGAAUUAUUGGAGAAAGAAUGUGCUGCCGGGACCUUCCCCGACUAUAGUAUUGCAUUUGAAACUCAUGGUUAUUUGGAACAUGAAUUGCAUGGCAGAAACUCAAUUGAACCCCAAGUAAUGGGCAGAAUAAGUAAUGAGAGCGCUAGAGCUGCAUAUGAAUUAAAAAGAUACCAAGAAGAAGUCUGGAGUGAUCAUUAUUGGUGUUUCCAGUUAUUGGAACAAUGUUUUGAAAUGGAUCCUCAAAAGAGAUCCUCAGCUUAUGAGUUGUUACAGAAUGCAUUCUUUAAUGAACUAAGAGAAUCAGACAUCAACACUGAAGCAGAGACUACGGAGGAAGAAGAAGAAGAUGAUGAUGACGGCGCUGCUACUGAAGAUGAUGAUGCAGAAAGUGACGGUGACAACAAUAGUGUCGACGAUGACGUUUUGCUCAUAUCUGAAUAA